AUGGGGAGUGGUGCUGCAACUCGUAUUGGCAAUGACAGCAUUGGUGGUUCUGACGCUGCCCUUUCUCCACGUUGUUUCGCCCUUCUCCUGGUCUCCCCAGAGCUCCACCACUGCCACCCGUGCCCUCAAAGUUCAGUCCACGUCUCGCAGCUGGGUGCGCUGCAGGUGACGAUCGACAUCCGCAGGCACGUGCCUGUCACUCUGGAUCUCCUCGCCGGCAACUACGCGCAGUGGCGCCGUCACUUCGACACGAUCAUCGGCAUGUUCGGGCUGCGCGACCACGUCGAUGCCGACGCCGUCCAGCGCCCCGAUGAUCCCGAGUGGGUGAUGGCUGAUCAUGCCAUCCUUCACUGGCUCAACACCACCGUCGCGCCGGACCUCCUCGACGCCGUGAUGCAAAACGAAGACACGGCAUUCACCGUGUGGGCGGCCAUCGACGCCAUCUUCCGCGACAAUCAACUUGCCCCCGCCGUCUACGUCGACGCCGAGUACCACGCCGUCGUGCAAGGCGACAUGACCAUCAUGCAGUACUGCACGAAGCUCAAGUCGUACACCGACGAGCUGCGUGAUCUCGGCCAGCCGGUGGACGACACUCAGCAACUCUUCCACCUCCUCCGCGGGCUCGGGCGCCAGUACCACGGGGCCAUCCCGCACCUCACGGCGCGGACACCACUUCCCUCGUUUCUUCAGGCGCGCUCCUUCCUCCUGCUUGAGGAACUUCGUGCCGAACAGAGUGCGCGCCAGCAAGGGGCGCACACCCUGGUCGCCGGGCACGGCGUGGGCGUUCCCCCUCUGCCCCCAACUCCGACACCGACGCCGUCCCCGCCCACCUCCGACACCGGCGCCUCCCGUGGACGUGGCCGCCAACGCCGCCGUGGUCGUGGUGGUGGCGGCGGCCCUCCCUCGGCUCCGCCUGGCGUCCCACGCCCGGGCAGUCUUCCUGCUCCUGCUCCGGGGUCCAACUCCUGGACUGGGCUCAUGCAAGCCUGGCCCAUGCCGUGGCGUGCUCCGGGGACUGGCGUGCUUGGCCCCCGCCCCGGCACUCCACACCAGCAGGCGAUGUUCGCCGCUCCUCAUGAUCCAGCCCCGGGCGCGUACAACUACGGCUACGGCUAUGCUCCGCCACCUCCAGGCUAUGCCGCACCUCCUCCGUACGGCGCCCCUGGUGCACCGGUCGCGCCGUACCAGCCCCUGGACAUGGCCUCGCUGCAGGCUGCUCUUCACAGCGCCACCGCCGGGCCGUCUUCGUCUGGUGGUUCCUCGGACUGGUAUAUGGAUUCCGGCGCCGCGUCUCACAUGACCAACUCCCCUGGUAAUCUCCACACUAUCUAUCCCUCAAGUUCUCAUUCUCACAUUAUCGUCGGCAGUGGUGAGCACUUGCCCAUCACUCACACGGGUGUAGGCUCUUUCAUCGCCGGCACUUCUCCUCUCCAACUGCGCAAUGUGCAAGUUGCUCCAUCUCUCAUCAAAAAUCUUAUGUCUGUUCGUCAGUUAUGUCGUGAUAACCCUGUCACAGUUGAAUUUGACUUGCUUGGCUUCACUAUUAAGGACCUUCGAACCAGGGCGGCGAUUCUCCGAUGUGACUCCCCGGGUGAUCUUUACCCCGUCGCAGCUUCCUCCCCGGCGCACUCCCCGUUCGCUGGCGUUGCUGCUGUCGACCUACUUCAUCAGCGCCUCGGGCACCCUGGUUCUGCUUCAGUUCAGCAUGUUGCUAGUCAGCUUCAGUUUAGUUUCAGCAAGUCUGCAUUACAUACUGACAACAGGCGCGAAUUUGACAACGCUUCUUCCCGUGAGUUCUUCGCGCGGCAUGGCGCCGUCCUUCGUCUCUCCUGUCCUUACACCAGUCAGCAAAACGGUUCUCCAUCGCCCUGCUGUCCCAGCUAUGCGAUCCGCUGCGCCCGGCACUGCCGCUGCGCGCGUAUCACCGCCUUUAACUGGGGCCACAGGAUCUUCAGGGGACGGCUCACAUCUGUCGGGCUCGCGCGCGCGCUCGGUGCGUUAGAACGAGACCGUCCGAUCUCCAUCACACGGCUCUGCUCCAUCGUCCGCUUCGCCCUCGGCUGUGUGCAGUUCUGA